UCUUAUAUACUCCGCAGGCAAAUUGCAAAACGAGUUGAAUCAAACUAUCGUCCUCUGUAUGUGGGUAUGUUUUGCCGGAGUGCCUGUCCGAGCUUGUGUUUAGAAGUGAGUUUGAAUUGCCUUUAAAUUAAAUCUAAUUCAAUUCAUGAGCUCUGGAACAGCAGUAGGGUCACGAUGAGCGAGGAACAGAAGAGGAAUAAUCCUUCCCACCAUCAACCUCCAGAAGAGGAGGAUACGAUGCUCUGGAAGGUUCUUGUUUUCGGGCUAAUCGGAGCUUCUGCCACUACGAUCGCCGCUUCGAGGUUGCGAAGGACGGUUGACUGGGUCUACUCUCAGUUGACCAGGAUGCAAUCUGGGCGGAAUUUUGGUACAAGUUUUAGAGAGGAAGCAUGGAAAAGAUACAAUCAACGUAUGCAGGAGGAGUAUGAAGAUGAAAUGGAGAGACUGGAACGGAUACGACGCAUGCAAAGUGUUUUCAAUAGACAAAGAAAUAAAUACCAAAAAGAGUAUGGAAGCUGGACAGAAAAUGGAAGAGGGGCAUAUCAUCAACAUUCCCAAAGAAAUGACUGGUAUUGGAAGGCUGAUACAACAUACAGGGAGCAGGGGACCCAUUUCAAGGAAUCUCCUCGGGCAAAUUCAAGCUACCCAAUGCUUUCACAUCACUAUUCAGUAUUGGGUCUUCAAAGGUUGAGGGCAAAACCAUAUACAGAUGAUGAAAUAAAGACAGCUUUUAGGGCGAAGGCUAUGGAGUUCCAUCCCGAUCAGAACCAGGACAAAAAAGAGUUUGCCGAAGCUAAAUUUAAAGAGGUUAUGAGGUCUUAUGAGGCCAUAAAGUUGGAAAGAAAAAAUGAUAUGAACAGAUGAACAAUCUGCUCCUUUAGAGAGGUCAUAUGACACACAACAUAUAACAUGUUCUUCAUACCCUGCCAAUUUGAGGACUUGGGGAUCACUGAAUCCUGGAAGAGCAAUAACCUUUUGCAUCACAUCUUAUAGGCUGCACAUAUAUAUAUUCUUAAUGUCAUCUUAUUUAUUUGUAUAGAAAUAAGAAAAGCAUUGAGCUGUAGUAUAUGUAUGGCAAAGCCUACUUUUUUGCUUGAUCCAAGAUGGAGAAGAGGAUAUACUAGGAAAUAUUUGUGUCUAUACUCAUCUCUCGAGAAUGCCAUUAUUUGUAUAUUAUUAAGAGUAGAAUUUCUGCGUGUAGGUUUUGCUAUUCUGAAUUCGAAUGCUUGCAGUCUCUAUUUCUCAUAAUACAUUGAAUGUUGUACGGAGUAAUUAAGAUUGAGUUAAUUGGGAAAAUUCUUGGGGCAUCAGAGAGGAAUGAAGUAAAAGGUGUUG